AUGAAGAUGCUCAGUGUGGCUUUCAGCAUCGGGGUCCUGCUGGCCUUGGCAAGUGGCACAGCCACCAACAGCUGUGUUGCCCCCCAGCAUCUGGUCUCCAAGAUGCUGCAGCGCCUGGAGGAGUCCAUCAAGAGGGACGAGCCACCAAACCCCAGUGUCUUGCUGGCCAUGAACUUGGUUGGGGCCACCAACAGUUACAAUCACAAGUGGUUGCUCCAGAAGAUACAGGAGGAGGCUGUGAGGAGAGCCCAGCAAGGUGUGACCUCAGGAGAGGUGGCUCUGGAUGUUCUCGCCCUCCUGUCCUCCUGCCAGAACCCCCAGCACGUCCAAGCCCUGGGACACACCAUCAACCUGCUCAGCAUCCUGCAGCAGAAAAUGGACGAGGAGAUGGCCAGCCUGGAGCUGGACGGUGUCCCCAAGACCACACUGUUCAGUGUCAGCCUGGACACCUUGAGCCUGUGCCUGGUGAGGAUGGGUGGCUACCAAGAGGCAUCCGUGGUCCUGGCCAAGCAGGUGUUAAACCCUGAGAGCCACCUCUCUGUGGACACGCGUGCCGUGGCCGUGCUGGCCCUGAGGUGCACGUAUGGCCGGACGGAGCUCGGUGACCUGCAGGAUCUGCUGAGGGAGGCAAUGUCAACGGUGACCAACGACCUCCUGGACGAGCAGGAGAAAGGAGAUGGUGUGAUUGGGAACAUCUACAGCACGGGGCUGGCCCUGCAGGCGCUGGUGGCCACCGAGAAGUUUUACGCCCCACGGAAGUGGGAUUGUGCCCAAGCCUUCUCCGUGGUGGCCAGACAUGACUACCAGCUACCCAUGGCCAUCGCCCAGGUCCUACCUGCCUUGGUGGGCAGGUCUUACCUGGAAGCAGCUGACCUGGACUGCAGCAGCACCAGCAUGUCCCCGAGCUUCCCGUUGUCCCCAAAGCUGGGUACAACCAAGGUUCACCAACCCACCCCCAUCACGGUGCGUUACUCCAUCAUCAACAAGCUGCAGGGGAAACACUUCAGCUACAGCAUCACGGUGGAGGUCCCACAGGGCUCCACGCUGCUCAAGGUGCUGCAGGCAGCAGAGGAGAAGGAACCUCAUGAAUUUAGCUUCCAGAUGGAGCAGACAUCUUGGGGUCUCAUGGUGGUCUCCAUCCAUGGGCUCACUGCCAACGCCGAUGACAGGACCUACUGGCAGUUCCUCAGCGGUGGUGAUGCUCUCCAGGAAGGAGUUGGCACCUACAAGCCAUGGGAUGGGGAGCACAUCCAAGCUGUUUUCAGCACCUACUGA